AUGACGGUGUUGGAGAAGAAGUUUGUGUGGAAGCAGCUGGCGCCCUGCGUGGAUGCCUUGACCAUUGCGGCGGCGAGCAUGUCCUCUCGAACGGUGAAGAGCCUGUGCGUUUCUGCAAAUGGCCUGCUUAUCGUGCCUUUUGUGGGUGUCGACUCGGAGCAUGAUGCAGGUCAGUCGAUCAAGUCGCUGCACGCAAUUGACAAGGGCGAAGUGGUCGAGCUGUCCGUAAGCGAAGGUAUCAGUCUCAAGCGCCCAGACCCCGACUUCUUCACGCUGUGUUUGGGUUGGCUCCUAGGUGCGUUCCGCAAACUUCGAAGGCUGGACGUCUCUGCUUGGCGCGGGAACUGGGACAGCUCCCAGUAUAGCUCCCUUUGGAUGACGGUCUUACGUAACUUGCAGCGCCACUGCCAUGCUCUCGAAGCCCUCCACUUCUAUGGCUGCCCAGAACCAGCAGUCAAGGUCUUGCCGACUUUCACCAACCUGCUUGAACUCAGCCUCUCAGUUCAUCCCACAUCAGCAUGGUCUGUAGCAUUACUCCUCGACAGGCUCGCGGACUGCGCGUCUUCCCUCUGCCGCUUGCACGCGGUGAGGUUUGAGAUGCUUUGCGGCAUGGAGGAUUGUACCUCAUCACUACAGCGGUGCAUGGACGCAUUUCCCCUCAAGCAUGUUUGGAUCGUUGAUGAUGCUCUCGAUGACGCAUUGGCCAAAGUCCUCUCCCGGAUCAGAUGGCCAUCGAGCUGCUGCAUGCUCGGGCUCUCAGCCGCUUUUCCGGGGGAAGGGCUCUGUGCUUUGGCCGAGCAAGUCUGUCGCAGUUGCGCUUGCGGGCUUUUCCUCGAGCACGUAGAGUUCCAUGACUCCCUUGCGCUGACGGCCCUGCACGUGCAAAAGUUCCUGGCUACACUGCAGUGGUCUUGGCUUCAGGAUUUUUACUGGGCUCCUCCCACAAAGCUGCCAUCGGCCGAUGUCCAAUCUGUGUGGGACAGCCUGUGCACUUUGGUUGACAAUCUGUGCUCCCUACGCCUCCUUCACGUCCAGAAAGCUGACAACGAAGGAGACCCUUCGGAAGAUUUGGCAAACGUUGCUUGGAAGUGGGGAGUCGCUCUAUCUUACCAAAGCCGCUUGUCCUCGAAGGUACCAGUUUGCGUGGGAUGUUGCGACUGCGAGUUUAACAGCGGAGGCCUUGUUUGA